AUGGUCCCCCUCUUCUGGCUCAGCUCCUGCCUCCUGGCCACCUUCGCAGCUCAGGACGCCUGUUGUGCCAGAGGGCUGGCCUCUCGCAGGCAUCCAGUUCCGCAGCUGCAGCCACGGGAGAAAGCCGUCCUGAGGAGGGUCAAGCGGGCCUGGGUCAUCCCCCCCAUCAGCUUACCUGAGAACUACCGACGGCUGCCCCACCUUCUGGUCCAGAUUAAGUCAGACAAGCAGCAGCCAGGGGUGGUAGUCUACAGCAUUAAGGGCCCCGGGGUUGAUGAAGACCCCAAGGAUAUCUUCUCCAUCGAUAACCGGAGCGGCAAGAUCUACCUCAAUACCGUGCUGGAUCGGGAAAAACAUGAUCGCUUUCGGCUCAAGGCUUUUGCCCUCGACCUGGGCGGGGUGCCUCUGGAAGAGCCCACCGACUUGGAGAUCGUCGUCCUGGACCAGAACGACAACCGGCCACUCUUCCAGCAGGACAUCUUCACGGGGCACGUGGCGGAAGGGGCCGAGCCAGGGACGUUUGUGUUGAAGGCAGAAGCCACAGAUGCCGACGACCCCGAGACAGACAAUGCAGCACUCCGGUUCUCCAUCCUGGGCCCAGAAGGGGCGGAGCUGUUCACCAUCAAUGAGCUCUCUGGGGAAAUUCAGAUCGCCGGAGAAGGGCUGGACCGCGAGGGGACGGGCAGUUACAACCUGACACUCCAAGUGGCUGACAUGGCUGGAGAAGGCCUGACCACCACAGCUACAGCGGUUAUCUACGUGGAGGACAUCAAUGAUAACCCCCCUGAAUUCACGUUGGAUGAGUUCCACAUGGAGGCCCCCGAGAACCGGCCCGGCGUGGAGGUUGGGCGGGUGACAGUGCAGGACAAAGACCAGACGGGCUCUCCCAACUGGCUGGCCAAGUUCACCAUCCUGGAGGGGGACCCCAGAGGAGCUUUCUCCAUCCACCCGGACCCCCUGACCAAUGAGGGGGUCAUCUCUUUGGCCAAGGCCCUGGACUACGAGGAGCAGAACCGUUACGAGCUGCUGGUCUCUGUGCAGAACCAAAGCCCCCUGCACCCCUCCGCCCCCAAAGCCACCCACGCCUUGGCCACGGUGCAGCUCCAGGUGAUGGAUGCCAACGAGCCUCCCUUCUUCCUGGACAACCCCUGCAGGGGGAGGGUGAACGAAGGGGCAGCUGCUGGCACCCAGAUCACCCUCUUCCGGGCCAGGGACCCAGACACCCAGCAGGCUCAGCAGCUCAGGUACCUGCAGGCCUCUGAGUUGGCCAGCUGGCUGCAGGUGGACCCCGAAUUGGGCCGGAUGGAAGCCCGCCAGAAAGUACCCCCACGGUCAACUUUCCUGGACGGCUGGUACAUCACACAGAUCCUGGCAGUUGAUAAUGGGAUCCCUCCCCUCACGGCCACUGGGACCCUGUCCAUCGAGGUGCUGGAGGUCAACGACCAUGCGCCCUCCCUCUUCCCCACAACGGGGUCACUGUGCAGAGGAGGGGCUGGCUUGGUCCUGAGCGCCACUGACGAGGACUUGGCGCCCCACGCAGGGCCCUUCCGCUUCCAUCUUGGCCCCAGCAGUGCCCACAACUGGACUCUCAGCUACCCCAAUGACACCCACGUGUUGCUGCAGCCUCCCGUGGAUGUGUCCGAGGGUCUUCACAUCCUGCCACUGCUGGUCAGUGACUCUGGCAUCCCGCCACAGGUGCAAGAGCAGCUGCUGAAUGUCUCAGUCUGUGCCUGCAGUCGGUGGGGCACCUGUGGUGCUCCCAAAGCUGCCGCCAUGGGGGCCACGGCAGGCCUCAGUUUGGGCGCCUUGAUGACCAUCCUCUGCAGUGCUGUCCUACUCCUGUUGCUGGUGCUGCUGGUGGCCGGGAUGGAGCACUCUCGCCGGCAGGCACUGCGCAAGGGGCUGCUGGGCGCCUGGCAGGACGACAUGCGUGACAAUGUCCUCAACUACGAUGAGCAGGGGGGCGGCGAAGAGGACCAGGACGCCUACGAUCUCUCCCAGCUGCGUGACCCUGAUCUCUUUGGCCCCUCGACUCCCCGGGGGAAGCCCCUUCGGCGGAGGGAUGCCCCCCAUAGCUGUGCCUUGUACCAGCACCCCCAGCGAUGCCCGUCCGACAUUGAGGACUUCAUCAACGAGGGCCUGGAGGCAGCCGACAGCGACCCCAGCGUCCCCCCCUACGACACGGCCCUCAUCUAUGACUACGAGGGGGAGUGUUCGGCCGGCGGGUCGCUGAGCUCCAUCCUGUCCAGCCUGGAAGACGAAGACCAGGACUACUGUUACCUCCGCGAAUGGGGGCCACGAUUCCAGCGCCUGGCCGAGCUAUACGGCCAGUAG